AUGGACGCUCGAUCAAGAGACGAUUCGGAGGCUCAAUCUCGGAGUGGGAGCAAUUCCAAUCCUCGCACUCCUAAUCCCGGGAUGUCCUCAACAAUUCAACCAAAGGUUCAACAGCUGAAACCACAGGCUCUACCUAAUAGGUCCGGGCCUUCUGCGAUCCUCGUCUCCACGCGACAGAAGGGAAAUCCAAUUCUCAAUCACAUCAAACUUCUCCCAUGGGAAUAUGCUGAUAUUGUAGCCGACUAUAUUGUCGGAACAACCACAUGUGCCCUUUUCCUCUCCCUUAAAUACCACCGCUUGCAUCCAGAAUACAUAUAUUCGCGGAUCAGACUCCUCGCGGGCAAAUUCAAUUUGCGAAUCGUCCUAGUCAUGGUAGAUAUUCCCAACCAUGAGGAUACACUUAAGGAGCUAUCAAAGACAUCGAUUAUCAACAACCUUACCCUAAUGCUUUGCUGGUCUGCACCCGAAGCCGCACACUAUCUUGAGCUCUUCAAGUCGUCCGAGCACGCCCAACCCACAGCCAUUCGCACUCAGCAGGCACAAUCCUAUAAGGAGUCCCUGGUGGAAUUUGUGACGACACCCAGAAGCAUCAAUAAAUCGGAUGCGGCGAGUCUGAUCUCUACAUUCGGAAGUCUCCAGAAUGCGGUCAACGCGCAACCAGAACAAAUCAGUUCUGUUCCUGGCUGGGGAGAAAGGAAGGUUCAACAAUGGUGCAAUGCCGUUAAUGAGGAUUUCAGGGUAGAAUCAACGAAGAAAGCCUCAGCCACCACUUCAAAGCCUCAGCCCAGAGCACCGAAGCCAUCUUUGCGAACAGGACACCAGGAAAUGGACCAAGAUGAAGAGAUUCUGCGCUCUAUUCUUGCUGAGAGUCGUACAGCAGACUCUACAGCCUCCAUACCUACAGAGUCUGUUACCAAGGAUCAGCCUUCGGAAGAAAUGAGUGAGGGCAUAACGGCAGCUCUGGCAAAACUGCGAGAUACAGGUGGUUGA